AUGACAAUAUCCUAUUCUGGAAAUUCCUUCCGUUUGUUACUUCGAUGGAAAGGAUCAAUUUGGAGAUCCGUUUGGAGAGAACUUUUCCUGUUUCUAAUAUUAUUUUAUUCGAUUCGAUUCUCUGCUCCUCAUUUCUUCAAUUGGGCAGAUCCAGAUGAAACAAAAGGAUACAGAAAAAUAUUCAAAGUAAUGUGCAAUGAAUUCCACGAAUACACGAAGAUGAUUCCAUUGACGUUUUUGUUAGGAUUCUACGUUUCGAAUGUGGUUUCCAGAUGGUGGCGUCAAUUUGAAUGUUUGAAAUGGCCAGAAGACUUUCUCUCGAUCCUUUGCCUCCUUCUUCCAUCAAAAGAAUCUCGUCCUGCACGUCAUCAAAUCGCACGAUACCUCAAUUUGACUUGUGCGUUGGCAUGGCGUGACGUCUCUACGAAAAUCCGUCUCCGUUUUCCAUCUCUUACAAAUAUAAUUGAUGCCGGAUUGCUUACUGAAAAAGAAUAUGAAAAGUUACAAGAUAUCAAUGAACCCUCUCCCGGAAUUCGUUGGUUGACUCCACUUCACUGGGUUCAACAACUGAUAGAUGCUGAAAUUGCAGCUGGAAGAGGAUCUGUCAAUUAUGUUUCAGUGGCAAUGAAUGAAUUAAAAGCGUUCAGAAUCUCAUUCAGACGACUGUAUUGCCACGAUUGGGUCUGUGUUCCAUUGGUUUAUACUCAGGUCGCUGCCCUUGCAACAUAUUCAUAUUUCUUCUUCUGUCUUUUUGGUCGUCAGGAUCUGAAUCAUGAUGAUUUUUAUUCACUUGAUGCAUUCUUUCCAUUAUUCACCGUUGUUCAGUUCUUAUUCUUUGUUGGAUGGUUCAAGGUCGGUCAAGAUCUGAUGCGUCCUUUCGGUUUAGAUGACGAUGACUUCGAAUUAUCAUACAUUCUCGAUAGAAAUAUUGUCACUUCAUUCACUAUUGUCGACUCACUUCAAGAUGACGAUCCACCUAAAUUCGAAGAAGAUGUCUUCUGGAAACAUCACAGUGAACAACAACAAAUGCACCAGAACAUGUUCCUUCCAAAAGUUCCAAGUUCACUGAAAUGGGGACGAAUUGAUUUGAGUAGAAAUGCACAUAAACAUCCACCUAAACUACACACAUAUCUUGAAAUGAAAAAUCAGGAUCCAGAAGAAUACAAGAAUAGAAAAAAUAAUAAGUUCAUUGCUUGGUAA